AUGCACAGGCGCACACCCCCAGGUGGCCAUUGUGGGACUGAGGAGCCCUCUCGGUGGCCGCAGUCAGGAGGAUGGAGCUGCAGGUCUCUGGGCUUCGAGCUGCAAAGCCCCAAACCUCGAGGGAGCAGAAACCCAACAGCAGCCAAGAGAAAGGCCAGGUGGGGGCCAGGGCGGGCACAGGGCCGGGGGGACGUCCCCUGGGGACCUGCUCCACCUCCCGCCCCUCUUCGGAAGAACCAGCCGGGCCUGCCCUCCUGGAGGGACACUGGCCCCGGCCCGGCCAGCCCAGCCUGCCUCACUCGACCCCUGCCCCAGGGCAGGACUUGGGAAAAUACCCAAGGCCUGGAGGGAGCUGUCCUGCAGGCCAGCACUGUCCCAGGGCCGUCCACUGGCUCCUCUCAAGGACUCUGCGACCUCCGCACUUAUUUUUCUUCUUCAGAAAGUGCCAGGCCCGUGGCUGCUGAUAAACGGGCCUCUGCUGCGCCUCCCGGGCUCCCAGGGAACCCAGCUGACCCGGGGCCCGUGGGCUCUGGGAAGGGCGUCGCAGGGAGACAGAGAGGAGAGAGGCGCAUCCUCGUGCCACCUCAGAUUUUAGGCAGAUGUCACGACUGGCUGAAGGGAUCAGAGCCUCUCGUCUGCCAGCCCUCAGGACAGCGGCGUCCCAAGACCCGCAGAGUCCUCCCGGGAAGCCCAGCUGGCCCGCCCGGCGCCCAGCACUGGUUCCCAGGUGCCAACAGCCUCCGGUGGCUACAGAGAGGCCCAGCUGCUCUGUGCCCACCUGGUACCGCCCCAGUGAGUCCAGAGUCCAAAGAAGAUUCUUUUUCAGAGAAAAGAAGAAGGAGACACAUUUGCAAAGAAGGAAGAAACCCUAGAAAGACCUGGAGCUUAGAGCCCAGACCCCACAAGGGCGCUGGACGGGGCGGGGGUGGCCGGGCCGGACCACAGGCUGACCGCAGCUUGUGGGGACGUCUCCGGGGGUGGAGAGUGGCUGCCUCGGUGACCGUCAUUGGGAACUCGGGCCAAGCGGGAAUCCAACAGCUCCUGGGUCCCCUGCGCCCGGUGCCCAUCCUUGGUCCUCUGUUCAGAGCAGAAGUCCACCCGGGUUCAUCGGCUCCCGGGCCCUGCUGUCCCCUCCUCCCCACUUCCAGGGGCAGAUGCAGACGAGCUGGGGCCACCAGCUCACAGGGCCACCAUCCUGCCAGGCAGGACCAGGACCUCUCCCAGGAUCACUAAGAACUGCAAGGUGACAGCCACCACCCUCGACGCCCUCCCUGGCCCCUUCUGGCCCCUCCCUGCCCACCGAGAACCUCACCAACGCGGUGGCAAGCUGGGGCUCUCCAGUAACCUCCCCAGCCAGAGCCCCGUCAUGCACUUCCCUCCCCGCGGCAGCCAUUGUGACAGGUAGGCGCUGGGAGGCUGCAGGGCCACGGGCUCCCCGCCACAGAAGGGGCCAUCACACGCACUGAGGAGUGAGGCCUCCUGACCCCUCGGGGGACGGGCACAGAGUGGGCAGCGCCCAGGCCGCACGGCCAGGUAGACCAGGGCGUAGACUGGCACCCAAGCCUGCGGGGGCUCCGAGCUCACCACUGGCCCAGGAAGAAAGGCAAAGGCCGGCGGGCAGGGGUUGGCAGCCAGCCGGCCAGGGAGGAGGCUCAGGAUGGAGCUGCCCUCUGCCCCACUGACCCCCUCCCCACUGGGAGCCGCCAGCUCCGGGCUGCGCCGUCUUUGCCAAGCGCUGGUUACGCCAUCCCGGCCCUGGAGAGCCUCCCGAGCACAGCAGGGCAGUCAGGCGGGAGAGGCCAGGCGGGAGGAGCACUGGAGACACACUGUGGGCUCCCUACACCCUCCCGCUGUGCAACCUCAGGCAAUCCACACCCCCUCUCUGAGCUUUGGAACCCCGGGGUUCUCAACUCCCAGCACAGUUGCCCGCACGAGGCGCGGGGUCAGCUGUUCACCUCCCCGUCUCCAGUCCCCCCUCCCUGCCCACCUCCUCCCCCUGUUUGCUGGGCCUCUUGGGGGUCUUCGUUUUGAUGGUGACAUGGAGGUUCAACGUCCGAGAGGUGGCGUCCCUCCCGCACGUGGCCGGGGUGGUGGCUGUCUCUCACACGUGAACUUCACCCGAUCACAGGGCCACGUUCGGGUCAGGACAGAAACUUCUCAGCAACCCAGACGGCUGCUCCCUGCCCUUUCCCGGCAAUGACCCCUUGGCCACGGAGGGGACCCCUGUGGCUCCCAGACCUGCUGCCGGCUCCUGAGCCUCACUCUGGAGCUCCCGCGGGCCACCCUCGCUGUCCGCCUGUCCGACUUACCCUCUCCUUGCUGGAGGUCCUGGCUGCCCCCCGCUGGGGCGACUGUAAAUGAAACUGCGGAGAGUGGCCUGCGGGCCCUUCUAUGUGCGGGUCUAUUCCUCGGGGCACACUGAAGGCCGGGGUUGAUUUUGACAUGAUUUUGAACUUGCGGAAAGAUGACCAUGUGUCCAGGGGCCCGGGGCCUCCUCCAGCCCCACUUAGCCACCUGCCCUCUAGUCAUUAUCUGGAGUCGCUGUGGUCGCGAGGUCACCUUCCCCCACACCUCCUGCACCACCUCCUGACCUCCAACACGGCCUGGUGGGGACAGCAGUCAGGACGUUCUAUCUUUGACAAUCCUGUCAUCAAACCCACAGGCCCUGGUGACGUUCCACCCGGCCCGCACGGCUGUGUGGCCUGCCUGGACCCCAAUCAGCCCGCUCCCCUCAGCUAGAGAUGCCUCCUCCCUCUGAGCCCUGGGUGCCCUUGGCCUUGGUGCCCGGCCAGCCCUCCUGUGGCAUGUCCCCUACCCCGGCGGGUGACGUGUCCUGAUGGGACUCAGGUUGUGCAUCUUUGCAGGGAUAUGAUAGAGACGAUCCCGUAUUCCCGUGUGUCCCAUCAGGUGACGCACAGCUGUGACUUCUCCCUGCUGGAAAUCGAGGACGGUGAGGGACGCCGCCCCACGGAGCCGGGACAGGAGGAGAGGAGCUGGCUUUGGCGACUCUCCCCUCCCGGCACCUGCAGGGAGGGCCGGGCCCGGGGGAGCGGCCGCGCAGGCUGCCAAGGCCCAGGCCUGUCUCCUGGCCCGGUCCUCGCCCUGUGUCCCAGAACCUACCCCAGACGUGAGGAGCCGGAAUUCGAGUCCGACCGGGCAGCAGGCCUGUGGGUGCUGGGCCCUGCCUGGUCCCCGAGUAAUGGGGAAGGGAGGCCACACAGGGAGCCACCCAGCCCUCAAGACUCAGCCCCCUGCACCCUCCACAGCAGCGAUUUCCAACCAAGAGGGCUUUUGCCCCCAAGGGGACAUUUAGCAAUUGGGAUAACAUUCUGGGUCAUCACAACUGGGGAAGCUGCUCCUGGCAUCUAGGGGGUGGAGACCAGAGACGCUGCCCCACACCCUGGGGCGCACAGCUCGGUCCCAGGACAGCGCGAUCCUACUCCAGAUGCCAAGACUUCCCAGCCCCCUCCGCGGCACUCACGGAGGCCCUGACUGUCUUCAGCCACCGGCUUCCCACCAGGCCCCUGGCUACGGAGGAAAGGUACCGGGGCCAGCAGCACCGGGGGCUCUGUGGCCCAGGUCGUCUGUCACUGCUCUGAAUUCACGAUGGUGUGGUGUGGGCACUGGAGAGGCUUCAGGACGUCACAACCUGGGAGCUGAGGUGGGGACUCGGGUGGGCCAGGAGCCAGGUGCCCCCGAGUCAGAACCGAGGGUGGCUGGACGUCUGAUGAGGCGCCGGCUGUUUGCGUGGUCCCCGCCCCGCCCUGACCGGCCAGCAGAGGACAGAUGAACCAGGGCCCUCUGCUUCCUGCAGCGAAGCAGGACCUGAGUCCAACCCCGCGAUACAGCCGGCCGGGACAGGCCGCAGAGCAGCCGGCCUGUGUCCUCCAAGGCACCAAGGUCACCAACGCCAAGGGAAGCCCGAGGCGCCGGCCUCCCUCCUGGAGGCCGAGGAGGCGAGGCACUGGGCACCCUGUGAGUCCCAGCCGGACCCUCGGGCCGCGCCGGCCGGCGGUGAGCCUGUGUCCGGCUUCCAUACUGGGCUGUAGUGACAGCGACAGAUGUCCCCUGCCACGGAACCACAUUUCAAAACAUCAUGGACGCGGGGACAACGGACAGAUCGGCAAUUUAUUCACAAACAACUGAGAAGAAGGUUCUCCGUGGGGUACCGCAGUUUUCCAUCAGUUUGAGAUCUUUUUCAAAAUGAUAAUUAAAAAGAGAGAGAGCGAGAGAGAGAGAGAGAGAGCGAGCGCAAGAAUUAGAACAGACCCCCCCCACGGCUGGGCAAAGCGCCCCGCGUCCCCCCAACUGAGUCCACCCAGGUCUGUCUGUCCCCUGUGGGCAGCAACAUGGCAAGUUAAGUGGAGGGACAGCCGCGCGGCGGGUCGGCCUGGCCGCCGUGCCGCAGGGGGGCAGGACCUGGGCCCUGUGACAGUGACGUUGCCAGGUCAGAAGGCAGACCCGAGGCCACGCCGUCCGCUCCGUGAAGCACACACAGGGGGGCUCUGACGGUCGCCCUCGGUGUGGGGGUGGUGCGCAGGUCCCCCCGGGUGCUGGUGUCCCUUGACCUGGACCCCGGGGGGUCUGUUCCAGCAAAAUCCAGGAGCCGACACCCGUGUGCCCCUCGCACACCAGGGACAGACAGACAAGGGACCCUCAGGAGGCCGGGCGUUGGCGGCUGGAGUGGGGGCAGGGUGGGGCAGUGAGCCGCGGGCUGAGGUCUCGCGGGGACGGGUGCCGACUGGGCUCUAGGACAGGAGCAUGGCCAGCCCUGCACCUGGGCUCCAGGGACAGACACAGGAAAGGCCCCUCUGGACACCCCAAGGGUCAGCCGGACAAGCUGUGAGUGACCCCACCUGCACCAGAGGGCGGAGACGGGUGACCAGCCGCCCAGGGCCCUGACCCCCGCCCCAGAUCCCUCCUCCACAGCCCGUGACCCUGCCACCAGUUUCCCCGGAGCCUUCCUCCUCUCUGCCACCUCUGUCCCUGCCAGGGCUCCAGGGCUGGGACAGGGAUCUGGUGACAAGUCAGCUAUAAAAAUAAAAGCUCCCGGGCCCAGCUCCCCGGCUCCAGACUCACCUCAGAGAUCUCAGCUGGGCAGGCCCCGGGCAGCUGGCAAAGCCGCCUGCAGACCUGCCAGCCAGGGCCUCUGGGGAGCAGGUGGCCGGGCAGCGGUGUGGGGCCCAGGGGUCAUUCAGGGUGGCGCGGGGCAUCUGGCCCUCACAGCUGCCAACACGCUCCAAGCUGCAGCCGACCUUGACCCUCCCGUUCCCAAACUCAGGGCCCCUUGGUGGCUUCGACCAGGAUUCGGUCAGCAGAGAAGUUCCUGUGGAUUCCAGGCUCUGGUUCAAGCCGGACCUGAUGCUCACUGAGACUCGCUGAGAGUCACGGGGAAGACGUCUGAAGACAGGCAGGGUAUUUUCGUGGCAGGGUGUCUUCUAUAAUUAAAAGGAAUCAAACAAA